ACCACAAGCAUUGCCUAUAUAAGUGGCUAAGCUAAUGCGAUUGGAUUGGGAAAAAAAAGGACCAUUUUUUGCUCUAUAUUGGACGUCUUAGAGACAUCACAAUGAGAAAUAUAAUUGCUUUAAAUUUCCUUUUCUACUUUGUGUGUCUUCUUGAUGCCUCUCAAAUAAACUUUCAAGCCACUCCUUUUAUCAUCAACCCAGUACUUACCAAAAAUCUGACACUUCGAUGUUCUGCACAAGAGUUCAGUUCAGCGACCUCGAGUUACUGGCAUACAACAACAACAGCCAAUGGGCGACCUACAACACAUAGAACUACACAACCACCAGAAACAACGACCACAAGAAACGCUAUUACCACAAACCCAUGGUUCUUCCAGGAUACAUCAACAGAAUCUACUGUCCAAACCUCAAACCCAACAACCACGGCUUCCACCUUUCAGACCGAAGCUGACGUGACCCAUGUUAUGUCUAUCAUUAUUAGCAAAUUGAAUAAGUUCACGAACCAGUUUGACCCGCUUGCUGAUGUCACGCCAUUUGAAUCAGCUACAGCUGGGGCCAUGUUUAAAGGUUCUGUCUCUCUUAAUGGCAGCACGAGCGAAUCAACUAACCACCGGGAGAAAGGUUUCUUGGAAGUCACUUUUAAUUACCCGGACGACGAAGAGUCUGGUGAGUACACUUGCGAAAUCUUUGCCCUAAAUCAUGAGAACCACCCCGUCAAUUUGAGAUCUACUCUAACAGUCAUCUCGCGGGAGCCAUCCAUCUCUGACUUGGUAAAAUAUAUUUCAAACCACGAGAAACGUUUUGAGGAGAUCAAGUCUCAAAAUAUACAAAGAGGAUCUGAGUCUUGUAGGUCCGGCGUUAUAAAUUUUCAGCAUAGCUACAGCAAAACUCCGAUUGUCUUUACUUCUUUGACAAGCAUCUCAGCAAAUGGGAACUACGGCACAUCGGUUCAAGUUACGAUCGACAGUGUAACAACAACCAGUUUUAGGUAUUCAUGCUCUACUAAUUCUUACACCUCCGCUACAUUCAACUGGUUGGCGAUUGAUAAUUAGAAUUGUAAACCUAAAUAUAUUUUACAUUAUUUAAAUAUUCUUUUUAGUUGUUGUUGAUAGUAAACCUUAUAAUAAAGAUGUUCACUAGUG